AUGCGUGAGGUAGAGGAGAUGAAGGAGAGAAGAGGAGCAGCACAAGGGAACAUGCCCUGGACGCCCCUGGGCUCCUCUGGACGCCCGUGGACGCCCCUGGGCUUCCCUGGGCUCCCUGGACGCCCCUGGACGCCCCUGGGCUUCCCUGGGCUCCCCUGGACGCCCCUGGGCUUCUCUGGGCUCCCCUGGACGCCCCCAGGACGCCCCUGGACGCCCCUGGGCUCCCCUGGGCUCCCCUGGACGCCCCUGGACGCCCUGGGCUCACCUGGGCUUCCCUGCACGCCCCCACCUGGUCCAGGUGACUCAGGCUCAUUGAGUAUUCCAAACAGGUGUGGAGGAGGUCGGCCCGAAGCCCUCAACUCAUCACAUUUAUAG